AUGGCUCACACGUACGAAGAGUCCACGAAGAAGCAACAUUCUAUCCCAUCAUGGCUUACACCCACGAAGGGACUCCCAAGCACACCUUAUCCAAUCAAAGAGGCACCACCCUUCAAAAGUUGUAAUGACCUAAGCACUUUCCACACUUUGGUGACUGAGACAGUUCGUACAUUCCAAACGAAUUUUAAUAGGCAACAGAAGGUUGACAAGAGCUCUUCAAUAUGUUCAUGUGAUCGCCUGACAAGAUCCUUAGAAAUUUUGAUCUUUGCAAAAGUUGUACCAAGGAGUGAUGUCUUGAGGGUGAUUUGGCUCAGCGGGGCGGAGAAGGGCAAAGGAUACGCGGUGGGCUUCCUGGACAUCACGCUCCACGCAGUGUCGCGCGACCCGGAGGCGUACCCCUCGCCGUGCCUCUACACUCAGAUUGAAGCCGAAGCUGACUCUGAUGAAGAGGAUGGUGAUUUUGACUCUGAAGCAGGUGGUGACUCACAGCUACCAAAAAUCUCUGAGAUGCGUAUUAUAUUGGCAGAUGCUGCCCAACAAGAAAAUGAAGACAGUGACUUGUUCCAUGGUGGGGAUAUGACCAAUGGUGGUUGGAUUCAUGGCGAUGAAGAUGAACACAUGGUUGAUGGAAUCGACCCUGAGUUUUUUAUUCCCAACCCGAUAGGUCAAAAUGGUGGAGAUGACCUCAGUUCUUCAGUACUUGAGCUUCAAAUCAAUGACCAGCGUUUCGAGGAUGCGGAUGAAGAGGAGGCCCAUGAAAAUGGGCAUUAG